AUGACGCUUUAUUCAACCUUCAAGAUGCAAAAUCAGUCUCAACCAAUGGUUAUUGGCCUCCACUAUGAAUGGGAACAGAAUAACAACAAAGGAAAGAAGCCACUGAUUAAGCUAUGGAGUCCAGUUGAUGCCAAUAUCCAGAAGGAGUAUCACCACCAUGACUCCACUACCACAUAUGUAGACCUCACUGGCCUUCAUGGCCCAGGUUCCCCGCUCACUCGGUCUUCAGGCUCCUCCUCCCAGAGCUCACACAUCCCCUCUGUGUUUGGUACAGCGAUGCAGAAUAGGUGUGCAGCCUCGGCGCAGGGCCGCCCCGGGGCCCGGUCCCGCGUGCGGCAGAACUUCCACCCGGAGUGCGAGGCGGCGGUGAACCGGCAGAUCAACCUGGAGCUGCACGCGGGCUACGUGUACCUGUCCAUGGCCUACUACUUCGCGCGCGACGACGUGGCGCUGCGCAACUUCGCCGGCUACUUCCGGCGGCAGUCGCGGGCCGAGCGCGCGCACGCCGAGGGCCUGAUGCGCCUGCAGACCCAGCGCGGCGGCCGCCUGCGCCUGCGCGCCAUCCCCGCGCCGGCGCGCGACGACUGGGGCGGCGGCCUGCAGGCCCUGCGGCGCGCGCUGCGCCUGGAGCGCGACGUCAACCGCGCGCUGCUGGCGCUGCACGCGCUGGCCGCGCGCCACGCCGACCCGCACCUCUGCGACUUCCUCGAGACGCACUACCUGCACGAGCAGGUGCUGUCCAUCAAGGAGCUCGCCGACCACGUGCACAACCUGCGCGCCAUGGGCGCGCCGCGCUCCGGCCUGGCCGUCUACCUGUUCGACCAGCACACGCUGGCGGGCGAGAGCAAGCAGGACUGA